UAUGCCGUCCGCGAGCGCAAGUACGGCAAAUUCUUGAGGACACUGAGGUUGCCUCAAGGAAUCAAGGAAGAAGAGAUCAAAGCUUCCCUCGAAAAUGGGCUGUUGACGGUGACGUUCCCAAAGACAGCUCCCGAGACGAUGGUGAAAAAGAUUACAAUUUCUUGA